AUGAAAGUCAGCCAGGUGCGAACAUGGACCCUCGACGAAGACGGGAAACAGAAUACUAAUACCAAUCAGCUCUAUGUCUAUCCGAUUAAAUCCCUCCGACCAACAACUAUCACAGAGGGAGUCCUAACCACACGCGGCUUUCAAUAUGACCGUCACUUCAUGCUCCUCAAAGUUGUCCCAGCCGAGGAUGGCGCCGGCAUCACGACCCUGAAGAACAUGCAUGUCUCGCAGUUCCCGGAGAUGGCCCUCUUCCACACCGAUAUCGAGUAUCCGGAGACAGAAACAGACGGCGGGAAAGUAAUCAUUACAUACCAUUCCCCCCUGUCAGAGUCAGAUCUCAAACUGCGCAAAACCAAUCGACUUGAAAUUCCACUGCAGCCCAAACCCCAAAGCCUUCACCCUCUCAAAAUCAUGAUGCACCAGAGCCCAACAACAGGAUACAACAUGGGCGCAGAGUAUAACGACUGGUUCAGCACCUGCUUCGGGUACCCCGUAGUCCUAGCGUACCUUGGAUCAAACUCAAGAGAGGUGCUUGGCACACUCGCGCCAGCAAAGAAAGACAAAAAGACUGCGCUACGCAAACUACGUGAAAGUUCAACAAAUCCCGACAGGAAUUGGGAACGGGUUCUCCCGAUCCUCAUUGUAGCGUCCACGAUCAACAUACUCCUUCAGGGCGGUACUCUCGUCCGCGAUGGGAUAACCCCUCAAACAGCUCGGAGUCUUACCCCCACGCUCCUUUUCACUGCUAGUGCGGCGGUGCUAUUGUACUUUUACGCUCUGCACCCACAGAAUGAGAACCGCAUUGCUUUCGCGGACUGCGCGCCUUAUCUCGUGAUCUCCGAGACAUCCGUUGAUAAUGUCUCAGCGCGGCUGCCGGACGGAGAAAAGAUGGACCGCACAAAGUUCCGGCCUAACAUUGUUGUCUCAGGCGCCGGAGAGGCUUUCGAAGAGGACUUUUGGGUGGCACUGACUGUGGGCAAUGGAUUGGGGCAUGAGUCGAGUAAACUUUUGCUGACGGGGAAUUGUGUACGCUGUCAGAGCCUUAAUGUUGAUUACGAGACUGGAAAGAUGGGGACUGGCGAGUCUGGUUCUGUGUUUAAGAAGUUGAUGAAGGAUCGCAGAGUUGAUUCUGGAGCGAAGUUUAGUCCCGUCUUUGGUAGGUAUGCUUUCUUGGAGCCGAAGGAUGAGGGGAUCAGUCUGAGGGUUGGGGAUGAGAUUGUGGUUGCUGAGAAAGGAACCACCAAUCUGCGCCGAAAGGAUACCACUAAGGGCCCUCCGCUGCGGAUCUUGUCUCUAGAUGGCGGAGGUGUUCGUGGCUACUCCAUGCUUAUUCUUCUCCAGGAACUCAUGUACCGCACUUAUGUUGAAUGCGAAGGCAAGCCUCCGCGUCGAGACCAGAUUCCCAAACCAUGCGACCACUUUGAUUUGAUCGCCGGUACCGGCACUGGCGGCUUGAUUGCUCUGAUGCUCGGUCGCCUCCGCCUAGACCUCGAGACUUGCAAAGAAGUAUACGUGCGUAUGACUCGCAAAGUAUUUGAGACAGACAAGACAAUUGCUGGUAUUCCCUACCGUUCGACUUUGUUCAAGGCCUCGAAGCUCGAGGAGGCGAUCCGGGAAUGUGUGCGGGAACAUACAGUGUUCGAGGCGGAGGGAAAUGACACGGGAAAUGCUCCCAAUUGUGAUUCUAUGGCCUCUAUGGCAAGUUUGCCAUACAGCCCGGGCUCUAUUCCGCAACGGUCCAUCAGUCGGAACAGUUUCAGUACCUCUGCUGCUUCGCAUCCAAUGUCCCCGAUCAGCCAAAGAGGUUCCAUUUUUCUUAAUGGGUUACGUUGGGGUAAUCCGGAUGCGCUGCUUUAUGAUAACCGAGAAAAUCGGACGAAAACUGCGGUCACUGCCAUGUACAAGGGUACCCCGCGCAAAGGAUCGGCUGUUCUUCUACGGUCCUACGAUUCCCGCCGAGAACCUUCGCCUGAAUUCGACUGCACAGUCUGGCAAGCAGGGCGUGCGACAUCUGCGACGGGGCUUGCUUUUAAGCCCAUCCAGAUUGGCCAAAACCAUUUUAUUGAUGAGGGUCACGGCACAUUUAACCCCGCGCCACUGGUUCUUGAUGAGGCUGUUGUGAAUGAGUGGCCAGGUCGUGAAGUGGGGGUCUUUAUUAGCGUGGGAACCGGAAAGCGCCCAGCUGGUACCAAUAACCGACAACAUGAGUGGUGGGAGAGUUUCUUCGGCGACUCGUUCGGCACAUUCGCUGAAGCGCGGCGUCGACUGAUGACGAAGAUUGAGGGCUGUGAGGAUAUUCACAAUGAUAUGCUUCGAGACCGCCUCGCAAAACGCCAUGUCAGCAAAGACAAUUAUUUCCGUCUCAAUGUUGAGGUCGGCGUUGGCGAGUUUGGUAUGAACGAAUGGAACCGGCUAGCCGAUAUCAGCACCAACACACGGCAGUAUCUGGCCAGACCUGAAAUCAAGAAGAUGAUUCUAGAAGCAGGGAUGAGAUUUGCCAAAAUCGAUCGCAUGAACCGCCGACUGGCGAGCCACACUGCAGCUGGCGGGGAUCGUGACGACCUAUCUUUUGAUCUUGAGACCGAAGAGCUUUCGCUUUCUUCUCCAGUUCAAUCACACAUUCCACCACUUGCGCACUUCGCCGUUGAACUGCCUGCGGAAUUACCUGCUGAUUUUGUCUACCGCCCUUCUUCACAAGCGUCGCCGCCGGGUGGCACGCUCCCUAUUCACCCAACAUCUCAAGGUAGUACAUCCACUUCCCCAUCCCGGCAAUCUGGCAGUGAUUAUCAUCGAAGCCACGAGCUUCCAAGCCGACCGAGCUCGCAACAACGGAGUUCGCCUUCCCGAAGUGAUGAGUAUUUUGCAACCUUCAAUGGCAUGUCACCAGCACCCCCAGUGCCGCCCAAGACACCCAUCCCAUACCCAUCUCAAGAAGACGAUGACGGCGUGGCUAUGCCCGCACCACUAUUCUCCCAAACACCUUCGUCUACCUCGAACACCCAAGUCCGGCCUCCUUACCCAGUUGAUGAGCCGCCUCCAACAGUGAACCGACAACGGAAGCCUAGCUACCACGUGCGGUGA